AUGGUCGAUGCAGAAACCUUGACGGAUCAAUUCGCCAAGAUAACGAUAGGCAAUGCUGCAGUUCGGUAUGCCUCCGGAGACCUUCGUCGAUACGGUGCCGACACAUUGUCUAAAGUCGAGCACCAUCGUAUACUCCGUGCCUUCCUUCGGCUACAGCUAUACAUCGAGAUUCGGAAACUGUAUGGAGUGAGGAGAAGCUCCAAACGAAAGCUUCGAGGCCUGUUCUCUUUAUGGACGACCUGGGAAUUCGACGAGGUCAGGAGCCUUGUCGAAUGGAUCAAGAUCGAACGUCCAAGUCUACCGAAGCAUUACGCCAAAAGGAUUCGCAAGCUGUUUGCCUUGGUCGAUGCCCACUUCUACAACGACAUGGCUCUGUAUGUCAAAGCUCGGCCAGACCCUAUGCGCGACCGGCACCGGCGUUCUAAGUUCGCCAAGAAGUCGAAGAGAUGGAACGACACACCUACGACACUUGAUGAGGGUAGAGCCGACGCGCGUAAUGAAGACCGGAGACCUCUGGGAUAUACAUCCGGAUGUUAUGCUGAGUACACUCAACGCGUAUACCGAGAACACUUCCUCGCCGGAGGUUACCCAUUCUGGUCUCGCUUCACUACCUCAGGGUAUGAGUGGUGGCAUGAACGCAAUAUAGCCUCCAAUUUGUAG